GUCUACAUUAACGGAAAAAGAGGGAUCAUUUCAUGUGGAGACCACAAGUCUCAUGAUGCAAGUGAAUUCCAAGAAUUUGGGACCCGAAGGAAGCUGCCAUGCAAUUUCCUUCCCACCUAAAACUUUCACGUAACGAAAUAAUGAUCUUGCUGUUAAUCUGCCAAGCAAAUUCUUCGCAACUUCAAUGAAGUUAGCCAUCUUUUCCAACUUUCCUUGCCCGGCUAAUGAUGAUCGCUCAUCAAUCAAUCAUACCUUCUGUGCUGGUGUUGUUGUCCCAAUUUCUGCCCCAAAAUUACAACAGAUUUCACAACUUCACUCAACUAUAUAUAAACCAGGUAACCAUGUUCAUCUUUCCAGCCACAAAUUGAAAAAAAAAAAAAAAAAAUCUCUCCUUACACUUAUGGAACCCGAAAGAGUACCAAAAUCCUUGAUCAGUUGCCUUCCUCACAAAAACCUGAAAUUGAGUAUCUUAACUCGAUCCAGAUCCAGAUCCAAAUCUCCCAUAACAAGUACUCCAAACUCACCAUCCGUAACAACCCCACGAAAGAGUUCUUCGGGUUCGAGUACUUCGAGGUCGAAGGAAGAAGAAUUCAGGCAAGUUUUUCACCGUUUUGACAACGACGGCGACGGUAAAAUCUCGGCAACCGAACUGAGAUCUUACUUCGGCUCGAUACGAGAGUACAUGUCGUACGAGGAAGCUCAAGCUAUCAUCGGCGAACUCGACAGCGACGGCGAUGGUCUCAUUGAUUUUCAGGAUUUCCUCAGGCUAAUGCAAGAGGAAAGGCACGGAGACGAUGAUCGGGAUCUGAAGGCGGCUUUUGAAAUCUUUGAGUUUCAAAAAGGUUCGGGUGUGAUUACUCCGAAGAGCUUGCAAAGGGUUUUUAGUCGGUUAGGGGAGAACAAAUCGUACGAUGAAUGUGUUGCCAUGAUUGAGGUUUAUGAUACUGAGGGUAAAGGAGAACUCCAUUUCCGUGAUUUUCAGCUGAUGAUGACUGCUUGAAUUUGUAAGCUGAUCAGAAGAUAUACUACAUAGAGGACCAAUUAAACUAUCACAGUGUUACACAUUUUAUUUUUUCCUUUAUUACGCAAACAGGGUUGUUUACGCCAUAUAUUUCCUCCAUUCCUAAAUUAUUGUUCAAUAUAGAUUUUAAAUUAUCAUUUUUAAUUUGAUUUAUACUAAAAAUAAAAAUCCAACUGGACUAUAAUUUUGAGAUAGAGGAAGUAUAAUUUAUACACAGAGUACAUCUUCUGUAAGGAUUUUACUUUUUCUUAUACAGGUUUUACGAUGAUGAGAUCAGGUGCAGCACGUUAAUAAUUUAGGUCAUGGAAGUUUUUCCCUCAUUUGUGUAAAGAUUAAAAUAGAAAAUCAGAUAUAAAUUGUCGUGCUUUUACUUGCCUAGCUACUGAUAAUUAUAAUAAAAUUCAUUUUAUUAUAGUCUUCUAGUCCUAAAUUGGUUAUAUUUUAGUGAUUAUUAAUAGAUUUUGUUAUAACUUUGUUGUUAG